AUUAUUUUCUCUAUAUCUGUCGAAAACACGAUAGAGCUGAAGUCCUUUUUGUGAAAGGUUGUUUUCCCUGUUCCAUUCCCAGAACACAAUUCUUUUCAAAUAUAUUUAGCCAAGCCGCCAAAGUGGAGAGUGUUGUUGCACCAGGGGGUCCUUCUCAUUUCAGAGUUGGGGGAGGAGGCGGGGGUGCACCUCAGCACUUUCCCAAGGCUGAAAGCAAAAGCGAGUUCCUGGGGAAACCCCCAGGUUCUGUCGCUCAGAGAUGGAUACCUUCUCGAAACAAUAGACGAGAAGUCAGCUUCUCCAACGAGAAAGGGGAGCAUGAUGCAAUCUUCAGAAAAGUGAGAGGCAUACUUAAUAAGUUGACACCUGAGAAGUUUGACAAACUGUGCCUGGAGCUCCUCAAUGUAGGUGUAGAUUCAAAGCUUGUCCUGAAAGGAAUAAUCUUGUUGAUUGUUGACAAAGCCCUUGAAGAACCCAAGUACAGCCAGUUAUAUGCUCAACUAUGUCUCCGCCUGGCAGAAGAUGCACCAAACUUUGAAGAUCCAACAACAGAAACCCCUGCAACAAAAAAGCAGAACACCACAUUCAGGAGACUUCUGAUUUCCAAGCUUCAAGAUGAGUUUGAAAAUCGUGCCAGAAAUGUUGAAGUCUUUGACAAACACGAUGGCCCUCUUACUUCUGAGGAGGAGGAGCAGCGUGCUAUUGCGAAGAUUAAAAUGCUUGGAAAUAUCAAAUUCAUUGGGGAACUUGGAAAACUCCACCUUAUCCAUGAAUCAAUCCUCCAUAAAUGCAUUAAGACACUUCUGGAGAAGAAGAAGAGAGUCCAACUUAAGGAUAUGGGGGAAGAUCUGGAGUGCCUCUGUCAGAUAAUGAAGACAAUUGGUCCUAAACUUGAUCAUGAAAGGGCUCGGUCCUUGAUGAAUCAGUACUUUGGCCGCAUGAAGGCCUUGACAAGCAACAAAGAAUUGCCUGCUAGGAUUCGUUUCCUCCUGCAGAACACCGUAGAGCUGCGUGAGAACAACUGGAUGCCACGUAAAGCUUAUGUUGACAAUGGACCAAAGACGAUCCAUCAAGUUCGUCAGGAUGCUGUAAAAGACCUUGGUGUCUUUAUUCCACCUUCAUCUGAUGGCUCGAGAACUGACUUCUUUAUGGAUAGUUCAUUCCUGGAGAGCACUUUUCUUCAGGGCAGGCUCAGAUUUGACAAGGAAACACUUGGUGGGCUAGCUGAUAUGUUUGGACAAAUGCCUGGAAUUGGCAUCGGCACAGGUCCAGGAGUUAUUCAGGACCACUACUCCCCUACACUGGGACGCCACCGCUCAAAUCCAUUCAAUGGCCAUAUUGCCAUGAGCAACGGUUCACAUCAGACUCAGUUUGAUGCAGGAAGCAAGCCUUAUGUCAAACCCAUGCAGGGGCAAAGUUCACCAGUUUUCAGCCACAAACAGAAUGGCUCGGUCCAGAUGCAGUCCAAGGAUAUGGGUCCACGCUUUUCAAAGAAAGGAAAGCUCAAUGCUGACGAGAUCAGCCUGAGGCCAGCUCAGUCUUUCAUCUUAAACAAAAAAGUGCCAAAGCUGCAGCCACAGAUGACUAUGAUGCCUCCGAGUGCCCAAGGCUCCUUAAUGGGACAGUCACCACCACAGCUUGGUUUAAAAACCAAUCCUCCACCAAUUCAGGAAAAGCCUGCAAAGCCCAACAAAAAACUGCCUCCGACUAAAGAAGAGAUGCACAAAAUGACGGAGACUCUUGUUGCAGACUAUAUGAACAGCAAGAAUAUUAGUGAGGCACUGGCAGCUGUCAAGGAGAUGAGAGCUCCAAAACACUUAUUGUCUGAGAUGUUGAACAAGAUCGUGGUGGAUUCACUCAGUCGUUCAGAUGACGACAAGGAACUUGUAAGCACUCUAAUCCAUGAACUCUGCACAGAAAGCCUUGUCACCAGUGAAAACGUACUACAGGCUUUUAUUAGUGUUCUGGACCAGUGCCCCAAGAUUGAAGAAGAAAUCCCGUUGGUUAAGUCCUACCUGGCUCAAUUUGCAGCUCGGGCCGUCGUUGCCGACUUGAUCAGCAUUACAGAUUUGGCCCACCAGCUGGAAAACGGCGCCUAUUUCCCCCUCUUCCUGCUCUGUCUGCAGCAGAUGGCCAAGCUCAAGGACCGUGAGUGGCUGAUCGAUCUAUUCCAGAAGAGCACGGUCAACAUGCAGAAGAUGCUACCUGAAAUGGACCAGAACAAAGACAGAAUGCUGGAGAUCCUGGAGGGCAAAGGUCUUGGUUUUCUAUUCCCACUGAUGAAGCUGGAGAAGGAGCUUUUGAAGCAGAUCAAAGUGGAUCCUUCUCCGCAGUCAAUCUACAAAUGGAUCAAAGAUAACAUCUCUCCCAAACUUCACACUGACAAAGGCUUUGUCAACAUCCUCACCACCAGUUUCUUGCAGUACAUCGCCUAUGAGAUCAACCCCGAUGAUGAUGAAGAGCAGCUGGCAUCGCCCAGCAAGGAGCAGCUGGAUGAGGAGAAGCAACUCCUGCUCUCCUUCAAGCCGGUCAUGCAGAAGUUCCUGCAUGAGCACAUUGAGCUGCAAGUCAGCGCGCUCUACGCCUUGCAGGUGCACUGCAACGCUAAACACUUCCCUAAAGGCAUGCUCCUGCGCUACUUUGCCUAUUUUUACGACAUGGAAAUCAUCGAAGAAGAAGCCUUCCUAACCUGGAAAGAAGAUGUCACCCAAGAGUUUCCAGGAAAAGGAAAAGCCCUGUUUCAUGUGAAUCAGUGGCUCACCUGGCUGGAGACUGCAGAAGAGGAGGAGUCUGAAGAGGAAGAAUACUAAUUAGCUGGCUAAGAUCCACAUGUUGGAAAGUGAUUUAUUUUUACUACUCAAAGUCAGCAACACCACCACUGUUACAAAUCUAUUAACCAGCGUCUGACAUUUUAUCCUUUUUAUUUAAAGAUGUGAUUUUUAAAAUCUUUUUAAAUCGACUUAUCGUAGUGUUGUUGGUGCAAUGUUGAUGGCUGUUGCAGUACACUCAGACCACCUGUUUCACAUGGGGUUGCAGUCAUGAAGUGCUGCCAUCACUUCACUUUAAAGCCGUUUACAAAAUGAGAACAUGCAUUGUAAAGAGACUCUCUUUAGAUGCACUUUGCUGCACAUCAUGAGUGGUUGCAAUACUAUCAUACACUUUCCUAAUUUUCAUAUAAAGAGCAUUCUUGAGUUGUAAUAGUUAGCAUAUAUAUAUAUAUAUAUAUAUAUAUAUAUAUAUAUAUAUAUACAUAACACAAAAAAUAAAUAAAAAAGUUGUGCUUGACAGCCUACUGGAAGCUCCUCCUGCUCACUUUUCUUUUAACAGCAGGCGGUUACUAGUCUGUGGCCUUGGAGUCACUGUUGUAAGUUAAGUUCAAGAGGAGCACCAGACUGAUGUUUUCUUUAUUGCUUUGUGUUUUAAAUGUUUGUCCAUGUUUAUUUUUUUUUUAUGCUUGUAAAAUUACCUGUUUUGUUGACUGGUAUUUCUGUUUUUUACUUAAAUCAAGCUUUUGGAGUCUGAACUUUUAAUGUGCUGUAAAAUAAAUCUGUGUUGCCUUUUUUAAUUUAUCACUUUUUAUGAAUUUACCUCCUGUAUCUGACUAUACUUGAAGUGUUAUCAUAGUGAGACAGCCAAAGGUUAGGUUCCAGUUUGCCAUAUCAUCAGGUUUUUAAAGUGGUUUUUAUAAUCUUCGUGCAUGUGGUCGCCUGCGCUUUCUUUAGGGUGUCGCUGUAACGUAAACAAGGGUUGAGUGUGCAUCUGCAGAUCAACUUUAAAUAAAGUUCAUUUCAUGGUCA